AUGUCUCCUCUUGCAAGACGCCUCUUCUCGCCCGAGUCCAGCUACAACUUCGCCAAUGUCGGCAACGACGAACACAAGAUCAAACGGAUCAUUCGAAAGCGCAUACAAAACGGUCAAGAAGAAUACGAUACCCAACGGAAAGGAUUCGGCCCGGGACAAAACAGAUGGUACAGAAAAUACUUGCUGGAGAACGCGAAACAACUGGCUGAGGAACUUGACAAAGACAUCGAACAGCUGCCAGCAGUCCAGACAAGAAGAUUCAGCAGCAGAAAACAUGCCCUCGAGGAAGGCUAG